AUCUAUACAAAAACCGAGCUUCACCACAAAAUGGCUUUGAUCUGAACAAUCUAGCUCCUUUACCUUUUCUCAGAUGGAACCAUCAAGAUAAACGACACUUGGAUGUAGAGAUACGACAGAGUAAAAACAGAGUGAGAGUGGAGGGUGGUAAAAUGCCCGGUAAGUGUCUAGAGGAGAACAGAGGAAGCUUUCUAGCUUACCCAUUGACGUUCCACACAACUGCUAUUGUCAAGUAAAUUGAGACCAUCUAUCAGUCAAGCCUAAUAGAUCUAAUCUACAUCUGGUCAAAGCAGCAAAGAAAGAAGACAUCUUCUCAUCACAUUAACAAACGUGUUGAGUCGGAGGCCAUCAAUGAGAUAAGGCAUAAAGAAUUAGUAUCCCUCUCUAACCAAAUCAAGAAAAGUCAAGCUUUGUGAAUGGAGUAUUUCGGAUUUGCAACGGGCAACUCUUUGUUCGGUCCCAACUUCCCUUCUUUGCCCGAGUGUCUUCUCAAGGGCUACCCGAUUGGACUGACGGAGCACCCCGCUCUGCCCUCAGUCAUGGACUCGUCCAGUGUGGCCGACCCCACGCCCGUAGCAGCAGGACUUCUCGGAGCCGUCUUGGACAGGGCGUCAGUCGCCAGGAACGUCGGCUGUGGUAUAUUGGCCAUGUUCGCUGUCUACGGCGCUUGGAAGGUCAACCUGGGAUGGAACCAUCACCUCAGGCUGGAGUCAGUUUCGGACAUCGACCUGGACCAGGAAGUGCAGAAAAACACCAGCUUCUCCGAAAUGGUGCCGGCCAGAGAGACGCCACACGCACAGAGCGAGCAGACGGGGCCAAAAGAACCGACAGAGACACCCAGGAACACGUCCUGUGGGGACAGCAUGGAGCAACUCUGGCCUGUGGGGGCUGGGGCUACCGUCACGCACAGUUCUGUCCAAGUUUUUCACAGAACGUAGUCCUGCCCCGAGCUGUAGCCGAAUCUCGAGCUAAGUCUUUUACGGAGAUGCAGGGCCGGCUGGAGCUGUUAGAGUCGAAAUUCACGGCCUCUGGCUUGACCGGCCUCCGAGCUCUGGGAACUUGCUCUCAAGCACCAGACAAUAAUACGGCACCAACUCUGGCUCUACAAGACGGCACAUCGCACAAACCGGACAUGAAGAGACGCCUGUCCGUGUCACCCGCCCGCCACCCAAGAAGCAGAUGCAAAUUGUUGACAAAGGAGAAAACAGAUCUUCCUCAUCUGAGCAAAGGGGUCUCUCACACGCAAGAGGAAGGUAUGCCACUUCUUACCCCAAGCACAUCACCUCCACGAAAAAUGAGGAAGUUAUCCACGAUGACCGAGAAAAACUUGGAAGCAUUUGGAAACGGUUUGGACGUUUCACAGAACACGGAAGAUCAAACCCAGGAAGCCCCCAGUUCGGCAGGAAAGGAAGUGAAAAGUCAGAGAAGUAUCAUAUACAAACUCAAGGCUUUGAUCCAAGGCUAUAACGAAAGCAGCCCCGAGUCAGAUAUCGCCACACAACACAGUAGACACAAGUCGUCUUCAGAUCAGGACACAGCUCGCCCUAUCUUCCCAGUGGACACAGCCAACAACAACUUGGCCCAGACAGACCCGUCCGCGGAUCCAAGCAGUGUUUUCCUCUCCGCUUCUUGCGCCUUAAGCGCGAAUGCAAUAAUUGCAAGCCCCGCCAAAAGAUUGCCAGACACGACCAGGGCCGUAACCGAUAGCACUGCUAGCAAAGAAAUAUAUUCUCCAACUCAACGACCUACCAGAAGUGAAAAACGGAAGUUAAAGGCCGAGAAGGUCAAAGUGAAACAGCAAACAACGUGCGCACCAGUGGAGAAUAGCAUUUCUGAUCUACCAUUUUCGCAUCCAAUAAAGACUGGCAAUGGGAACAAAAAGACCACUUUCGACUUCCAGGUUAGGUACAGGCCCAAAAAGGUAGAGCCAGAACCAUUAGCUGCCGUACAUGCCGCAGGCAAGAGUGAAGACAGUGCUGAUGACAGCGAAGAUUCCUGGAUCGUCAUAGUCCCUAUGUUAUAAGGAAAGUUAGCGUAUCGCACAAUGAGAAGGGUUAGGCAGGAGAACAAAGGCAAACAGAAUGUCUUUAUCUUAGAGCUGAGCAUAUUUAAAUUGACUUAUCAAGAACAUUUGAUAGAAAUGACUGGAAAAAUCACUUCCAGUUAUUAAAAUUUUGGCGUGAAAAGUU